AUGGAUUAAUAAAAAAGUCUAAGUGAUUUGAAACAAGCCUUGACUUAUAGAAAUAGAAGCAAAGAUAUUAUUGAUAUAAUUGCUAAGGGUGUUCAAGAUCUUAAAUUCUUUAAAGAAAAAUAGUAAUUAUUUGAUCCAGCAUUAUAUUGUUAAAUGCUAAAAAAGAUCUAAUUGAGAGAAUUCAAAAAAGGAGAAGUCAUAUUUCAUUAUGGUAACAUCAUUUUGAUUGGUAGGUUCUAAUAAUGUUGAAUAGUUUUAUGUAAUUCUAUAGGGAUAAGUUGCAAUUUUAUGUCCAAAUGAUAAAAGCAUUACUCAUCAAUAAGUUAUUGAAGAGUAUUAAAAAGGAAUAGAUUCUAAUCCAUCUUAACUUAGAAGAUCAUCUGCAAUCUACAGUCCUCGUUUGUCUGCCUUUAACAAUAGAGCUCUUAAAGAUAUAAUCAUGGCACAGGCUUAUGGCAAUUUUUUAGGAAUCAGUAAUUAUUCAAUUAUAUAGUUGAUUUUUGUAGAUAUUCAAAAAGUCGAUUAAGAAUCCUUAAUUGAAGAAUAUACUAAUAAUCCCAAUCAAAUAUCGAUUGAUAAAUGGUUAGAUAAUUUGGUGAAAAGACUAUUUCCAAGCUUGCAUAUAGUAAAUAUGUGUUGUACAGGAGAUUAAUUUGGAGAGAUAGCUCUAAUAGGUAAUGUGACUAGAACAGCAACUGUAUUGUGUACUUAGGAUACAGUAAUGAUUACCUUAGCAAAUCCAGACUUUUAAGCCAUUUUAUAAUAAUAUCAUGAUCAAGUUAAAAAUGAAAAGAUUUCUUUACUUAGAAAUUUUGAACUCUUUAGCAAAUUAUCUGAUAAAAGAUUAAGGGGUAUUUUAGAGAAUAUAAUUGUUUAAAAACCUUCAAUGUUUAGUGUUAUUUAUAUGGAAAAUUCAAUUCCAGAAUAUAUAUAUUUUAUUAAACAAGGAGAAAUUGAAUUACUAAAAGUAUUUCCUAAGAAUAAAACAGUCUCAAUUACUUUACUUUAAAUGGGUUGUGUCUUUGGACAUGAAGAAGUUUAAUAAUCUAUUCCAAGAGAGUACAGAGCUAUUUCAAAAUCAUCAUAAUGUGAACUAUAUUUAUUGCCUGUUGAAACUAUAUAAUAAUUUGAUAAAAAAAAUUCAUAAUCAGUAGAAAAGAAAUUUCAUCAUGAAAGAUUAGAAAGGUUAUUAAGUGAUAAAAAAUCUUAGAAAACUAGUUCAUAAAUCACUUAAACUUCGAUUGAAUUAUAUAAAACAGUGUUUGAAAAAGAUUAUUCAAAUCUUUUCAGUCAUGCUUUACUUUAAAAAAGGUACUAUAUUAAUUUAAAUUAGAAUAAUAUCACCUAAACAUAGAAAAAUGUUAUCAGAACCAUUUACACCAUUUUUUGAUAUAGAUAAGAAAUCUUUCUCUUCUAAAAAGUAAUUAACAGAUAGGAAAACAAUUAACACAACUACAACAAGAUAUAAUAAAGAAAACUCAACAAGACAAUUCAGUACUUAAACAACAAUCAAUAUACACAGACAUUUAUUUAGUCCUAAAGUCAGUAAAAGACAAUUAGACACAAUCAUGCCCUUCAAAAAAAUUUUGUAAUGA